CCGCCAACCAUGACCCAAAACCCAAACAACAACGACAUCACCCCAAGCGCCUCGAGCGCCGGGUUGACUGACCAGAACAAUGACGGCUCGGGCACCCCCCGCCUGACGCCUGCCCGCCAGGGCGACACCGAGGCCGGCAAUGUCCUCAACCGCGGUGUUGUCCUGACCAGCCUGGCCCCGGUGGCCGCUUCCAGUGGGCCGGACGCCGACUCCGAGGACUUCGAUCUGGACGCGCACUUUGCCGAGUCCGCCGAGAUCCCCCUUCCCCAGGACCCGCCCCGCAACUACCCGCCCCUGGACCCCAACCGCAAGGUUGCCCUCAUCACCGGCAUCACUGGCCAGGAUGGCAGCUACCUGGCCGAGCUGCUCCUGUCCAAGGGCUAUGAGGUCCAUGGGAUCAUCCGGCGCUCGAGCUCCUUCAACACCUCGCGCAUUGAGCACAUCUACGAGCACAAGUAUGCCGAGGGAGCCCGCAUGAUGCUCCACUAUGGCGACCUUACCGACUCCACCUGCCUGGUGCACAUCAUCAGCCAGGUGAAGCCAACCGAGAUCUACAACCUUGCUGCUCAGAGUCACGUCCAGGUGUCCUUUGACAUGGCCGAGUACACCGGCCAGGUGGAUGCCGUCGGUACUCUGCGCCUUCUGGACGCCAUCCGGACCUGCAACCUCACCGACAAGGUCCGCUUCUACCAGGCCUCCACCUCGGAGCUCUACGGCCAGGUUCGGGAGAUCCCCCAGUCCGAGAAGACCCCUUUCUACCCGCGGUCGCCGUACGGCGUGGCCAAGCUGUACGGGUUCUGGAUUGUGAAGAACUACCGCGAGGCCUACGGCAUGUAUGCCUGCAAUGGCAUCCUCUUCAACCAUGAGAGCCCCCGGCGUGGGUUUACCUUCGUCACCCGGAAGAUCAGCCGCGCCGUGGCCCAAAUCCACCUUGGCCAGCUGGAGUGCCUGAGCCUGGGCAACCUGAACGCCCUGCGCGAUUGGGGCCACGCUCGUGACUACGUCGAGGGCAUGUGGCUGAUGCUCCAGAGCGACAAGCCGGAGGACUAUGUUCUGGCCACCGGUCGCCGGCACUCGGUCCGCGAAUUUGUCGAGCUCGCCUUCAAGCACAUCAACAUCAACAUCCAGUGGGAGGGUGCCGGCGAGGAUGAGGUCGGCAAGUGCAGUGAGUCCGGCCGGACUCUGGUCCGCGUGGACCCGCGCUACUACCGCCCGGCCGAGGUGGAGCUGCUCCAGGGUGACCCGCGCAAGGCCCAGCGCGAGCUCGGAUGGCGCCACAAGGUGUCCUUCAAGUCCCUUGUCGAGGAGAUGGUCGCCGCUGACAUCAAGAUGGUUCAGCAGGGCAAGCUCCACAUGUGAGAGGCCCCGCAAGGGCCAUGUCUCUUGCUCUCUCUCCUUCUCCCUCUCUAUCGCUCUCGCGGCCUCUCUGAAAGAAGGAAUCGCACGCCCUCCAUGGAUGGGUCGUGCGAUGUCGUCGUCGUCGUCGUCACCGUCGUCGUGUCAAUGGCAUCAUUGGCCAGGUGCAAGCAACAAAUGAACUGAACAUGGCCAUGGGAGAGAGAAACGUAAGGGGGAGGCAAUCGCCCGGCUGACGUCCCUUUGCCUCCCUGGGUAUCUUUCGUGCCUCUUUUGAAAUGUUGAACUGCUGUCCUGACUCCUGCCGCGACAAGCAGGGAGCAGCCACCAUUGUGACAGCCCUUUUUUCGUGGUGAGCAGAUGAGAAUGCGGGAUGACCCUGGGCGCACGUCCCCUCGGUGUCUCAUAUCUCUCCUACUCCCCGCAAUCUGGAAUGUAUAAUAAAGGCGACAUCUCCCCCCUGCAAAUGAGGCCCCCGGCAUUUGGCUUCC